AUGCAGGAUCCCCCCCCGGACGCCGCACCCCCCCCUGUCCUCCUCACCUUCGAAGGGGAGUACGCUAAACCGGAUGAGAAGCCCUUCCCGCUACCACAAACCUGCACCUGGCUGGGCAUCUUCGAGAACACCAUGCCCGCACAGAAGGAAGCCUGGAACGAACAAGACAUGAACACGGCGGCCAUCCUAUACCCCCCUCGCCCGGCAGACUACGCCAACCCCAGCGUCUGCGCGGAGUUCCUCCUGAGCACGCUAGAAUUCCUCUGCCCGCCGGAAAAAGAAGAGUUCGCCCCGCCCGAAGGGGAAAUCCGAGACGUCCUGCCUUACCAACCGGCCUCGAACAACGCCCGCGCGGAACCUUUCUACCUCGUCACCGGCCUAAACCGCAACGUCGCCCACACUCUCCGCUCGCAACCCGCAUGGUCCACAAGAGUCGGGACCUUCUUCGUCCUCCCGAACCCCGUCCCGAUCCCGUCCUUCGCAGUGUCGCUGAAGAACCUCCCAUGCCGCCCUCAACAGAUAGGGCCGCUCCGAACGGAGAUCGUCCAGAACCUCGAGAACAACGCGAACUUCAUCAACAUGGUCACGGCGGGUGCCAUCGACAACAACAUAGACGACGUCGACGCCCUCAUUGACGCAACCCUCAAGUCCGUCGACAUCAAACACAUCAGCCUCCCACGGGGAGACAACGCGACGGCGGGCUUCGAGAACCGAUGGAACGUAUACAUGAAGUGCCCGGUCCCAGCCGAGCGCCACGCCGGAUGGAUCAAGAUGAUCCAAGCCAUACACUUCAAGGCGAAGUGGGGCACGGGCACGAAAGCCGACCCGAUGCGAUGCACGUACUGCUCCGGGACCGACCACCAGCGCUCCAUCUGCGACUACCCGGCGAUGGCGAACUGGCUGGACACCGAGGACACCGCCCCCCAAGCCCUGCCGGGACAAUCCAUUGCCCCCGUCAUCGCCGCCCUGCCCACCCAGAGCGAGGGCUCCGGCAACAAGAACCGCGGAUACAAAGGCAAGCGCCGCAAUGGACAGGGCAGAGGUAAAGCCCGUAACUAG